AUGGAAAACAACUCAACCUAUGUCCAUCUUUAUACAUUGGGGGAUUGGUGGUCACGAAAUCAUUCAAUCCCGCUUGGUACACCAGGAGAUGGAAACCGCAUGAUAAAUUGCGUCUGCACGCAUGCUAAUCCUCUAUGCGAAAGCUCUGUCUAUAAUGACGAUGCCAACUCAAUGAUGCCUUGGAAUUCUGUCAACCCUACGCUCGACUCUACCUAUUCGUGGAAUGGUUUUGAUUUUACCACGGAGUACUCCAGUCCACUGUCAAUCCCUACGCAUAUAGUUACAAAGGAAUUGUCUGCUCCCCAAGUUCAUUCGUCCCUUCCCUUGGCGGCAGAAUAUCCGAACCCGCAGCAGAAUCAUGAUCCUGAGGAUCUUUCGAUUUGUGAACCUGCUAGACAAAGGUAUUUCAAACAUGAAAACCUUAAUCCAGGGCCGAAGAACAACAUACAGUCUACUCCUUGUCGCACAGGGAGUGACAGCAGCAGCAGCAGCAGCAGCAGUCAAUCAACCCAACAGAGCAGCGAUCGCGUUAAGAAAGUCCAAGAACAAAAUCGCAUCAGAGCGUCUAAGUCUCGUAUCCAGCAGAGGGAAGAGGUAUCAAGUCUCACGUCUCGCACGCAUGAACUAGCACGUAUCCGCCGCGAGCUUUCCACUUGCGUAGCCGAAUUAUCCCUCGAGGUAUGUGAGCUUAAGAUGCAAAUCUUACAGCAAUCGGGGUGUAACUGCCCUCUCAUGCAGAAUUACCUUGCCCAUACGUCCCGGCAGUAUGUGGAAGAGAUGAUGGUGGAGUCGCGGUCAGGGGUCUUGUUACAUGGAGGGUCGUUGCGGAGAUAACGUCCGGUUAUUCAAUGUACAUUGAGG